CACGGACCGACACAUGGUCUCUCAGAGUCUUCCCACUUACUCAGUCUUUCGCGAACUGGGCUGCCAGCAUUGAUUAUCUGAAAGUGCAGUGUCCGGUUCCAACCUCCAACAAACAUCCUGACCUCCAGAUCUCUCGACUUACUGCGGCCGAGCAUAUCCAGGGAUAGAUCUGCUAUUUAUCCUCAUUUCGAUAGUGGACAUGAAGAGCCGCGCCGAAUCCGCUGUUGAGACCCCCGGUGGUACAGUGGCUUUGGGUAGUUUGCCACCCGAGCAACUGGACCGCUUACAAGGGGAACUACAACGGGAAGUGCAAAUGAUAUCUGCUUCUCUUUCGCAACUUUCUAACGCAGUGUCGCGUCUGACGGCUAGCAAGGAGAAUGCCGCUCAGAUCGCGGAGAUGUCGAACGAUCAGGAAAUAUUGGUGCCAUUGACAAGUUCAAUAUACGUUCCUGGGCGAUUAGCAGAUACGAAAAUGGUACUGAUUGAUAUCGGCACUGGGUUUUUCGUGGAAAAGUCGCCGGCAGCUGCCGAGAUACAUUUUGCAAAACGCGCCACUUUGCUGAAAGAGGAAGCCGAUAAGGCGACGCAGGUCCACACGCAGAAGAGACAACAGCUUGAGGCAGUGAGUGCUGUUCUACAGCGGAAAACAGCCGAGCUAGCUAGUCAGAACAGGGAAACGAAAAAGGAGGAAACGUAAGUUGGGUUAACGAAUAAAUUGACAAAAGGAAAGCCCCGCGGCCUACCAAAUAAUGGCUUGCUUUCUGAA